AUGGACAGAAUGACGGAAGAUGCUCUGCGCCUCAACCUCUUGAAACGGAGCUUGGACCAAGCGGACGAUCGCGAUGACGUCCUGGCGAAGAGGUUGAAAAUGGAAGGACACGAGGCCAUGGAGCGCCUGAAGAUGCUGGCACUGCUGAAGAGGAAAGACCUCUCGGGCAUCGAGGUGCCCCACGAGCUCCCGGUGAAACAGGAUGGUGUGAAAGUCUACGAAGAGAAGCUGAACGGGAGCCUUCGGCCCCAUGGGGAUGGCAGGACUGCAGGGAGGCCGGGCAAGGAGAACAUUAACGACGAGCCGGUGGAUAUGAGCGCCAGGAGAAGCGACCAGGACAGGGGACGAUUAACCCCUUCGCCGGAUAUAAUUGUCCUCUCCGAUAAUGAGGCGUCCAGUCCCCGUUCCAGCUCUCGGAUGGAGGAAAGACUCAAGGCAGCAAAUCUUGAAAUGUUCAAGGGUAAAAGCCUGGAGGAGCGACAGCAGCUCAUCAAGCAGCUUCGGGAUGAGCUACGGCUGGAGGAGGCCAGGCUGGUGCUGCUGAAGAAACUGAGGCAAAGUCAGCUGCAAAAGGAGAACGUGGUACAGAAGACGCCGGUUGUCCAGAAUGCGGCGUCGAUUGUCCAGCCAUCUCCUGCUCACGUGGGACAGCAGGGACUGUCCAAGCUUCCCUCCAGGCCUGGAGCUCAGGGGGUUGAGCCUCAGAACUUAAGGACAUUACAGGGUCACAGUGUCAUCAGGUCUGCCACGAACACGACCCUGCCCCACAUGCUCAUGUCGCAGCGCGUCAUCGCGCCGAACCCGGCCCAGUUGCAAGGGCAGCGGGUCCCUCCCAAGCCUGGCCUCAUCCGCACGACAACUCCGAGCAUGAAUCCAGCCAUCAACUACCAACCG